AUGAGCAGACUGGUUGUGACGAUGUCGGUGGUGGAGAUCGUGAUCGUCGGGGGCAAGGUCAAGGCUGCAGCCGGGUAUUACUGCCCGAGAAGCACGGCCACACUGCAAACGCUGCUGGAGCAGCGAGGAUUGCUCAUUCGGUCGGUGGAUGUGGUAGCGAACGGACCCCUGAAGUACGGGUUGAGGAGCCUAUUCGAGGCGUUGCUGUGGGCGUGGAUGCCACUGGUCGCGGGGAGAGAUGUGUUACAGCUCGUUCGGGUCGUGGUCGUGGUCGCGGUCGGAGCGCUGGACGCGGUCGCGGUGGUCGAUCUGGACGUGGACGCGGCCAGGAGGUGGGGGAAGGCACGGUGGCGAGGAUCGCAGAGCAAAGUCAUGCUUCAUCGGAUGAGGCAAAUGGUGAUAUUGAUGGCAGCGUCAGUUCUAAGUCUUACUUUGGUUUGGGGAUGA